AUGGGCCCCAAACGAAAUAUCAAGGAGACCGAAGGUCUGAGCAGCAUCGCACCAGCCACUUCGGACCCGGCAUCCCUUCAACAAGCCGCCGGUCAUCAAGCCGUACCUGUAUCAGUCAAGCGUCAGAGAGUGUCGAGAGCUUGUGACCAGUGUCGAGCAGCAAGGGAAAAGUGUGAUGGGGUCCAGCCACAAUGCUUCCCUUGUAUCUCCCAGACGAGGUCCUGUACCUACAAUGUCAGUCCAAAGAAAAGGGGUGUUCAGACAGGCUAUAUACGCACACUUGAGCUCACUCUUGGAUGGAUAAUGGAGAACAUUGCCGGCGCGGAGGACGCCCUGGGCAAUGCUCUGGCUCAGGAGGGCAGCCAGGCGCAAGCAGUCAUGACGGGCAAGGCCGCCACCGCAGCAACUCGCCUUCACAAGAAAUGGGGGAGAAGCCGAGUACACAAGGAAAUAGAACGGCUCCUUUCUGGCGGUGUCGCGCCCGUCCUUGAUUUGGAUGGGCGAUCUCCCUCAGUAGACGCAAACGCAAACAACACGGAUAGCUCGGUAGACACAGGCAAGAAUAUUGCUCCGGAGCCGCCAGACCUGCCAACUCGCAACUCUGCAGCAGGCCCUCACUUGGCAAUCACCCCGGAACAUACAUUAGCAGACACCCAAAGUCCACGAACAAUGUUACAGAAUUACUCAUCCGGACCAUCAUCCAACACGCCCAUACCCACUCGAACUCAGUUACCUCCGGAGCAUUGGCGGUUAUUGGACAUCUAUUUUUCGUAUACACAUUGUUGGCUCCCCAUUCUCGAGAAGCAAGCAUUGUUUCAAACCUCGUAUCGCUACACAAAAGAAGGUCUUUUGCUGGUUUCAACAGACCCCUCUUCGGCGGCGCAUGCUGAGCUUUGGAGUGUCCUCGCACUGGCGUCCUUUCAGAGUACUACGAGUUCACAGUCUCUUGCUGGUGAGGCUGGGAACACCACCCUUUCACAUCAUCAGAUCUACAAUACGGCCCGCGGGCUGAUCCCCUCAGAAUGCGAAAAUUUUCAGAUCAACCAUGCCCGAGCACUUUUGCUUCUAAGCCUUGUCAACAUGGCCCGAGAAAAUCGCACUGAUGCAUCGCUGUUACUUGGGUUCGCCAUCAGGAUUCUAUUGAACCUGCACUCGAGCGAGGCACCGUCGGCUGGGAACACUACCAACAUCGAGGCAGCACUGAUGUCAUGUUUCAUUUUAGAGACUACUUUGUCUAUCGCUUACAAGCAACUGCCUCACUUGCGAGCCGAGGAUCUUGCCAGAUUUCCUUCCAUACCAGAAAGUGGGCUGGACCAGUGGGAGCCAUGGUCGCCAUGUGAAGGCUUUGGGAGCAAGUCGGUCGAUUUCCGGUCAUCACGGAAUCCUGCCUUUUGCGUCACUACGUUCAACCAACUAUAUGCAAUCCUUCUUGUGGUAUCUCAAAGGGUGCUGGCAGAAAGACGGGGGGUUUUCUCAGAGAACCAGAAAUCUUCCUUCAGUGCGCAGUUGCAACAUGCUAUCGAAUCCGAGACGCCAUUUAGGGACUUCAUUCUAUCCGAAGCCUGCCAGCCUUCCUCGGUUCCAACCGCCUACAUUAUCCGGAUUUUAUAUCUUUGGGCCAUGCUGCGCAAUUCCAGAUCUUGCACCGAAUCUCUGGUCUCGAUGCUGACAGAGACUCUUGAGCAUUAUGGGAACAGUUUCCACGCUGGCACCAUGCCUCCUUUUCUACUCACAAGCCUCCGUUCCAUGGCAAAUGAAGAUUUUCUGGCAGGUUUCGGAGAACGGGACAGAGAGCGAUUAGUGGAGCUUGCACUGCGGUACUCAGCCUCUCGGUCAACCAACGUUUCAAAUAUGCCCGGAGCCCAUUUCAUUCCAGUUCCCAUUCACCAAUCGAUUAUAGGACGUGACCACACAGCCAAAGCUCCUUCUUCACUCGCCUCGAUGGUUUCAGGCUCAAGCUUAGCCCCAUUGCCAGCCUCAACUCCGAGUCUAUAUGGGGAUGGCCGAAGAAUGAGCAAUGCUUACGACCAACAAUUCCAGCAUCCCUCUGCCACCGAAAACCUGCAGGGGGGUUUUGGGUCAGUCAUGGCUUAUGGUGUACCAAACGUCGGCAUGGGCAUGCAUCAUUCCCAUGCUUCGUUGGGCUUUGGUGGUCCUGACUACGAUGCUCUUCUGGAUGAUAUGGCCGCCACCGACUGCACUGAUUCCAUCGAGGUUGACCCUCAGUUUAUGAUCAAUCUGGGAUAUGGGCCUGGAUGCGACACUUCGGAGGUGUUCAGAAACAGAUUCGACGGAUAUGAAUAA